AUGCUUGUUAAAUAAUAUUUUAUUCAGAUAGCUUUAUAUGUAUUGAUUUUACAAUAAACAGCCUAUUCGUUUGAUGAUGUCUAGACAGUCAUUUCUUAUAUUGGAAGCGGCUACCUAUAUAAAGAUCCUGUUAAACCUAACACUAAUUAGCUUAAUAGAGACUAAUAUUUUUAAAGAUAUAAUUAAUUAAAUUUUCCUGCAUUAUCAUAUUAGAAUUAGCUAGUUCAUGCUGCAGAUAUACCUGACUAUAAUGCAUUAAAUGUUCCUCCCUCUAAUUAAGAUCCUAAUUAAUCAUCUAUUUAACAAAAAGUCCUUGUUUAUUUUUACAACUAAAACUCUUAAGUUUAUUAAAGUUACUAUAAAUACGAUAAUAUCAACAAUUCUAAUUAAUAGGUGACAUUUCUAGUUAAUCCUUGCAAACUAGUUCCAAGUAGUAGCUGCAUAGAAUCAAACACAAACUUAUAAGAUCAGCCUUACAUUAUUGCAGGGAUGGACAUGCUUGUUGCUUUUUAUACAAACACUACAAUACUUCACUGUAGUGAUGAAUGGUCAAAAUUGAUAAACUGUGGAAGUUUCAUAGAGAUUCAUAGAACACUUGACCCAUAUAUUAUAGAAUAGAUAAAAAUUGAAGAAUUUUAAACUCUGACAAAUAAAUUUUAUUAUUUUAGCACCAAAAAGUUAUGUGCAGGUAGAUAUGAAAUAUGGUAUGUAGUCAGAACACGUAUAGGUGUCAUUUUAUAAUAUACAAAGCCUUUCUUUGUUUCUUAUCCUAGUUGUAGCUGUUCUUUUAACAUGUACUUAGCAAAAUAAGGAGAGUGUAACUGA